GAUCAAGAAUAAUUCACCACACUUAACUCAUUAGACACGCUAAGGAAAAUCACCAUUUCGCGUUUAAAAUCGCGUCAAAAUUUCGUUCAGUACAAGCUUAAAUCCGUGCGGGGCGUGCAACCAGAGCGAGGACAUCAUCAUGCUGUUAUCCUACAGAUACAUCUACACAUUUCUAAUGACCACCAUAGCCAGCAUAAUGGUUGUGCUCAGUUCAGCCCCGCACAUGCAGCUGCCGGCACGCAAAUGCAGCGGACCCGGACACACAAUGGCAUUGAAUCUGGCAACGUACGGCCUGUUGGAGAAUCGUAUCACCACACUGGACGCGCCGAUGCAGACGCACUGGACCAAAAAGUUUCUGGCUAAGCGCGAAGCGAGUCCGCACUCAGCGCCCUACGUGGUCAGCAUUCAGAUGAUGACACCAGACCAGGGCCUGGUGCACUAUUGCGCCGGCACCAUCAUCAACGAACAUUGGAUACUGACGGCGGCCCAUUGUCUCAGCUCGCCACAGGCCGUGGCCAAUUCGGUGAUCGUGGCAGGCAGUCAUGACAUUCACAAUCGUCGCGGCGAGGCGGGCCAGGUGCAGCAGCGAAACAUCGACUACUAUGUGCGACAUGAGCUAUAUCUGGGUGGUGUGAAUCCCUACGAUAUUGCGCUCAUCUACACCAAAAAGCCAUUCGUCUUUGAUGAAUACGUCCAAGCUGCAACGCUGCCAGAGCAGGACGCCAGGCCUGAAGGCUACGGCACACUGUACGGCUGGGGCAACGUUUCAAUGACCGCCGUGCCCGACUAUCCGCAUAAGCUGCAGGUGGCCAACAUGCCCAUACUGGAUAUGCAGCUAUGUGAGGACAUCCUUGCACGUUCCGGCCUACAGCUGCACGAGACAAAUCUUUGCACCGGUCCACUGAGCGGUGGCGUUAGCAUCUGCACCGCCGACUCUGGCGGUCCACUCAUGCAGGAAUGCUGUGAGCCGCAUUUGGAGCAGAGCAACGUUAUCAUUGGCAUUGUCUCCUGGGGUCGACUGCCCUGCGGCCAGAAGAACGCGCCCUCCGUCUUUGUGCGCGUCUCUGCGUUCACAGAUUGGAUCAAUCAGAUUAUCAGCUCAGCCACUCUUUUAAUGUAAAUAUGUUACUCAACACUUGGAUCGCAGCUCGAAUGUUAAAAAAAAAAGAAAUCUAUAAAAAGUACCUCAAAUAGUAAAAAAAAAAAAAAACUUAGCAGUUAAUCUCAGUAGCAAAAUAAGUU